CAACCAAAUAUGAAGAAUAAAGAUGCAAACGACACACGAUUUUUAUACGUGGAAAACCCCUUCGAUGUGAAGGAUAAAAACCACGGGACUUAUAGGGAGUCCGCCCUCUUCUUCUCUUAUUAUGCAAGUUGAGGGUAAAAACACCCAAACUCAGUCUACAAGGAUGUCACAGCCCACCAACAACAACAUACAUAAGAGCCAUCAACAAUAGAGAAGGAAAAUCAGGAUUAUCACCCAAAAACGCAGCGUCGCACCAGCUGCGAUUACAGAAGAUCCGUAGCUCCGAUUGAUGUGAAAAUUGAGCAGAUUGAAGCCCUAAGUGUUGGGAACAACCUCUGAAAAUUUCAGCUCAAUCCAACGGUUGGAUCUCCGGCUAUGAUCGAAUUUGUGCGGCUGGUCUGUACAUUCUGCACCAGCACCUUUCCUCUCUCAAUUCUGAUUUUUUUUUUCUCUCUGCUCUGUCGUAAGUCCUCACACUGCCCAGCCCUUUUACUUCCUUCCUUAUGUUAGUCAGCCAAGGAAAAAACAUAAUUGGGCCCUCCACCAAAGAAAAAUGGAACCCAAACAAAAUGGGCUGGACCCACAACAUGGGGCGCCAAUUAGAAGAUGAUGAUGGGUUCUUGGUUCUCAGCCAGAUGAAGGCCACCGGGUACAGUGACUGGUGGUUCGGCCCAGAGAAUGAGUGCCAAGGCCGGUGCGUCCGGAACUGCUCUUGCGUUGCCUAUGCCUACAACCAGCGAAGUGGGUGUAUGUUCUGGAGCGGGACGCUGAUCGACAUUCAGAGACUCCCUACCGGUUCCCGUUCCGAUCUUCAUAUUCGUGUAGCCAACUCUGAGCUAGGUCGACAAAGAGCCAAAAUUGAAAAUGUGGAUGCAUCAAGUAAAGUUAAUCUUGAAGAUUUGCCUUUGUUUAGAUUUGAGGAACUGGCAGUUGCCACCAACAAUUUCUCAGAAUCCAACAAGCUUGGGAAGGGCGGGUUUGGUCCCGUGUACAAUGGAAAGUUGCCGAAUGGAAGAGAAAUAGCGGUUAAGAGGCUUUCACGAUCAUCUGGGCAGGGAAUGGAAGAGUUUAUGAAUGAAGUGCUGCUUAUCUCUAAACUCCAACACAGAAAUCUUGUUAGAAUUAGGGGGUGCUGUAUAGAGAACAAAGAGACGAUGCUCGUAUACGAAUAUAUGCCCAAUAAAAGCUUGGACUUUUUUCUCUUUGAUCAAUCACAAGAGAUAUUGGAUUGGAGAAAACGUUUUGACAUCAUUGAAGGCAUUUGUAGAGGACUUGUUUAUCUUCACAGGGAUUCGAGGGUGAAGAUAAUCCAUAGAGACCUAAAGCCUAGCAACAUAUUACUCGAUAAGGAUUGGAAUCCAAAGAUGUCGGACUUUGGCAUGGCCCGGAUAUUUGGAACAAAACAGGAUCAUGUCAGUACCUUAAGAGUUGUAGGAACAUAUGGAUAUAUGGCACCUGAGUAUGCAAUGGAAGGAAAGUUUUCAGAGAAGUCUGAUGUCUUCAGCUUUGGAGUUAUGGUGCUGGAGAUUGCUACUGGGAGAAGGAAUUCAAGCUUUAACUGUGAAGGCUCUUUUAACCUUUUGGGGCAAGUAUGGAAACUUUGGAAUGACAAUAAGAAUGUCUCAGAAAUAAUUGAUCCCCGGAUAAUAACUCCAAGAAACCGAGAAGAAGCAGUGAGAUGCAUACACAUUGGGUUAUUAUGUGUCCAAGAGCUUGCGAAAGACCGGCCAUCGAUUCCAGCAGUGCUCGCGAUGCUCAGAAAUGAAAUCUUAGAGCUUCCCGUUCCUAAGCAGCCAGCAUUUUGGGUAAGGUCUGGCCGUUCUGAUGCUGGCACAAGCAGUUCUAAGCAGAGCCAAAGGAGUAAUAAUGGAUCUGCGAACAAUGUUACUAUAUCCAUGAUCGACGGCCGUUGAUGGCAAGCCAUGUAGUGUACAUGUUUUGCUCUUUAGAGAUUGUGUGUAGGUACACAUUGACCCAAAAUCAAACAGCUUAUAAUUU